GGUUCAUUAGCAGGGGUCCAUUCGGUCUGGGAUCGCGUCUAACUUCACGCAACGUGAAAAAACACACUGUCAAGAGAGACGUAUCCAUGUAGAAAUACACAUUCACAUGCAUGCAGUUUCAAAAUGGCAGCUGCAACAGACGAGUUGAUACUCUUGGAGAGGGUGUUCCUGUGUUUGGGAAGUGCCGAAACCGACGAGCAAUUGCAGGCCUCAGUAUGCAAAUUUUUACCCCCAGUUUUACUAAAACUCUCCAGUCCCCAGGACGGAGUGAGAAAGAAAGUAAUGGGUUUAUUGAUUCACAUCAACAAACGAGUGAAGAGUCGACCAAAAGUUCAAUUACCCGUUGAAGCACUACUACUGCAGUAUCAAGACCCAGCAGCAAGUUCUUUCGUUAUAAACUUUACGAUAAUCUACAUCAAACUGGGCUAUCCCCGAAUGGAAAUGAAGAAACAGGCGGAAUUGGUGCCAAGUGUCUUGAAUGCCAUCGAAGGUAAACCUCUACCUCAUCAGCACAGUCUAAUACGCGUAAUUAUACCAGCACUUGGCCACAUUCAGGCUCCAAUGAGUGCUGAGAAACGAGCAGCACUGUUGGGUCUCCAAGACAAGCCCUACGUUGCGAAACAACUGAUAAACUUCAUGCUGGACAUGCUUCUUCUGCCUUAUGGUUCAGUCAGUCAAACUGACGGCCAACAAGAUGGACAGCCCAUCGACUGGUCGAAAUUUCCUGUUCCCCCAGGUCUCAGUGAAUAUUCCUUCAAAAGAGUUAUCGGAGAGAGCCCACCCCUCCCUGAACAACUAGAACAAAUGAAACUGGGUAUUGUCAAAUUCCUAGCUUCUGGUUUCUUCCUAGAAUCUGAUAUCCUCAUCCACCUGAUUGUUGCAGCGGCUGAUACAAGAUUCAGUGUCGCCAAUUUGGCUGACAUGGAGCUGAGAAAAAUGGUCAGCUCUCUUGACUGGUCCUCCAUGUCUUUAGCACUACCCCUUUACACUCUAUUCCUUGGAUCAAAUGGUUUCACAACUCAAAAAGAUGUUAAACCGGAAAUGAAACGAUUGGCAGCAAAUACAAGAAUACGAUUGAAACUACUGCAAUAUCUGUGUAGAGUCAGUAAAGGUGGGCUUGUUAUUCCACCAGCAAUUCAAGUUGUCUUUGACUCACUCUAUGGUAACAACACAAACAAGAAGUUAAAAUCCCUGGCACUGGAGUUUGCCCUCAACAUGGUUCAACAGUGCACAUUGGGACCAUUGAGUAGAGUAGCUGGAGUUAUUUUGAAUGGAAUGAUGAAACUGAUUGCCGAAGGUGAAGUUGAGCAUCAGUCAAUGGCCUACACAAUAAUCGGUCAGUUGGGUCAGCGAAUUCCAAGUUUGAUAAACAAAGAUGUCAGUCUAGUAGAGAAGUUCUUUGAUGCUCUGACAACCACAGAGGGAGAACUGAGACGAACCGUCAGGGAUGCACUUGUAGCAAUGGCUUCUUCAUUCAUCCUGGAUCGUAGCAAUGAGCAGGGAAUCACCCUGAUGAAUUCACUGCUCUCUGUGCAUAUUGAAUCGGAGGAGGCUAAUGUAAGGUACGUUGCAGUUCAUUAUGCUGCAACUGUCUUCCCUUCUGAUGAUGCACCCUCUCGAUACCUCUUACUCCUUGCCUGUGGAGAUGAGAAGAAUGAAGUUUCUUCUGAGGCUAUCAAAGCCCUGUAUGGAACAGCUCACAGAAACACACGAGACAAGCUCGAUGAGAAGGAAUUUUUUCUUCCUAAUUUCCCUCAACUCGUUUUGUACAUUAAUUGGCAAAUGGGUAUGAGAAUCGCUUCGAAACGUGUGAUUAGAGUUGGGAAUCAUACAUUACCAUACAAUAUCGGUACCUUCAAUGAAAUUGUGUCAUACCUUCGUUUGUGUUUAGCCAAAAGUGCUGGUGUUACAAUACAAGGAGCUUCAAGCGACAGUCAUCCCUGCGAGUACACGCCCUUGAUUGGUCGGUAUCUGAAGGAACUUUUGCAGAAGGAUAAGAAGUCCGUCGACGCCUAUCUGGAGAUUAUAAAAUGCUUAAACCAGGCUAGUUCUGACACAGUCCCCUUGAACGCACUUUUGGAAGUCGUUGGUUCAAUCUCCCCAGAAAUGUCUGAUAAAUUUGCGGAAGAGCUGCCGUUCCUCGGGGUUCUUCUUACAUCGACAAAAGCAGAAGUUCGAGAGCUGGCUGGUAAAAUUCAUGCAAUUAUAAUUGCACAUCAAGCAAAGCCUGAUGAAUUUGCAUCUCGUGUCAAUGAAUUAAUUACAGCAACGAAGCAUAAGACACUUGAAAUUCAACAUGGCGCUCUUUUGGCUCUCUCAUUCAUGUUUGAACGAAAAUUGUUCCUGCGAAAAAAGGUUGAUACUAAAGAAUCUAUUCUGUCCUGGAAGCCUUAUGUAGACGGAGUCAAGACAAUAUGUGAAUUUCUGAAGAGCAGCACAAUUUUGUUGUUGGAGGCAGCAGCUCAAGGAAUUGGAAUUAUUGGGAAGAGUUAUUCUUUACCCUUGAAAGACGAUGAUACUGAUAACUUCAGUAAGAAAUCACUUGUUGAGAGUCUUUUUGGGAUUCUAAAAAAUGCGAAGAUGAAUCACAAGGUCAAGGAAAAUGCAGCAACGACCCUGGGAUUAUUAUGCAUUGGAGAGGAUUUCCCACAUUCGAAAGACAUCAUCGAGAAGUUUUUGGAGUUGACGAAAGAAACAAAAGAUUCGUCAGUGCAUUUUAUCAUUGCAGAGGCUCUCGUGCUCUCUGUACAAGGUCCAGCAGCAACAGAAGCUCGUGAUGCCUGGGUACAGCUUGCAAUCGAACACCAGGUGGCCUUCACUCCCCAGAACGACGAUUUACUCGAAUGCGUGCUGGAUCGUUUGCUGCAAAUCGCCGUCGAUCCUCAUCCAAAUUCACGCCAGGCUGUUUGCAUCUGGCUUUUGGCCAUCCUUCGACGAAAUGCCAAGAGGAAACACAUUCUGGAUCGACUCUCAGCCAUCCAAAAUGCCUUCAUGGACUUCUUGUCAGAGAACAACGAGAUUGUCCAGGAUGUGGCAUCAAAAGGUAUUUGCUUGGUUUAUGACACCAGUGAAGUCAGUCAGAGAGAUCUUCUCGUUUCCAAUCUGCUGAGUCAACUGUCUGACGGUAGGAGAACAGUAGCUCAAAUCACACCAGACACCAAACUCUUUGAAGAUGGACAACUGGGUAAGGCUCCAACUGGUGCCAAUAUCUCCACAUACAAAGAAAUUUGCUCUCUCGCCUCCGAUCUCAACAAUCCAGGUUUGAUCUACAAAUUUUUACAAUUAGCCAAUCACAAUGCUGUUUGGAAUUCAAAGAGAGGUGCUGCUUUUGGUUUCUCAGCAAUUGCGAGUGUCGCCAAGGAUGAACUCAACAAAUAUCUUCCCAGUAUUGUUCCAAAAUUGUACAGGUAUCAGUUCGAUCCGACUCCGAAGAUUCAGCAGAGUAUGGCGAGCAUUUGGCAUGCCAUUGUUCCAUCGACUCAAAAAAUUUUGGAACAAUAUCACGACGAGAUCCUCGAUGAUUUGACCCUUAACUUGACAAAUCAUUUGUAUCGUGUGAGAAUCAGCUGCUGUGAGGCACUAGCUGAUGUUCUUAAGUCAAAUGCCCCUAUUGAUUAUGUCAAGCAUGCACCAGAACUCUGGAAACAAUUAUUCCGAGUCAUGGAUGACAUCCAUGAAGAGACGAGGCAGACAGCUACUAGAACAGCUAAACUUUUUAGCAAAGUUUGUAUUCGUCAGUGUGAUCCAAUGUAUGGGAAGGCUGGAGAACAAAUUGUUCAGGCUAUUUUGCCAGUUUUCCUGGAUAUUGGAAUUGUUCACACUGUGACAAGUGUCAGAGUACUUUCUGUGCAGACAGUGGCACACUUGGUGUCCACUGCGGGUCCUCUGUUGAAACCAUCACUGGUGAAUUUGAUCCCAGCUCUUUUAACAGCCACAGAUCUUGAGAACACAAAGCUCACGUACAUGAGCAAUGUGUAUGGAGCACAAUCGGACAUUCAGGAAGCUAUUGACAGUGUUCGCACUAGUGCUGCUAAAAGUCACUAUGCGACAGAAACGUUGAAAAAAUGUACUCAGUACAUUGAUGGAACCAUUCUGAAAGAAUUGAUGCCAAAAGUUAUCGAGCUGAUUAAAUCGAGCAUUGGAUUGGGAUCUAAAGUCGCAAUUUCUCACUUUCUGAUAUUUUUGAUAGUCCAGUCGAAGCAGGAACUGCAGCCCUAUGCUGGAAAAAUUCUAACCGCCCUUCUGAACGGUUUGAUGGAUCGCAAUGCAGCAGUUAGGAAGACAAAUGCUGUGACAAUUGGACAUGUUGUUGGUUCAGCUAAAAAUUCCAGUGUAGAAAAAUUAUUCAAUACGUUAAACACUUGGUACAUGGAAAGAGAGGAUGACUCCAUCAGAUUAGCGAUUGGACAGACUCUGCAAUCUAUCAACAAUCAGAAUCAUGAGGUGUUGAAGAAAUUUUCGGACAUCAUCAUGCCUCUCACCUUCUUUGCAAUGCAUGCAAUCAAAGUUCCUGGAAAUGAGAAUACCAUUGAACUUUGGACUGAUCUCUGGGGUGACAUUGCACAUGGCACUGAGUCGGCUAUUAAGCAAAAUUUGACGUUAAUAACGAAUAAAUUGAAUUUAGCUCUUGAAUCAGCUUCCUGGACUACAAAAGCACAGGCAGCUAAUGCAGUGUCAACAGUUGCGACUAAAGUGGGAUCUAGUAUGGAUGAAAACUCGAGAAAUAGUCUCCUUAAAAUUUUAGUUAAUGGCCUGCAGGGAAGGACAUGGAAUGGAAAGGAAAGGCUUGUUCAUGCUCUGGCUACAUUGGCCUGUAACAGUAAGGAAGCACUGACUAAAGACUCCGAGCUGAUAAUGGCGAUCACCGAGGCACUUUACCGGGAGAGUAGGAAAGAGAAUCUCGAGUAUCGUCGACAUGCUCUCAAGGCUUUUGCUGAUGUCCUUCAUGAAUUGGAGGUCGACCGAUUUACUCAGCUUUAUGACAUUGCUCAGGACAUUUUGAUUAAGAUUACGAAGAAGAAUGAGGAUGAUGAUGAGAGUGACAAUCGUGCAACCGAGGAGAGUACUAAGAAAAGAGAAGAUCAGAUGAAACUGCAGGAGACUGUGUAUGAAGCACUGGGCAAGGCCUGGCCCUCGUCCAUUGAGAGCAAACUGACUCAAGAUCAAUAUUGCCUGCAAUUCGUCACUCACUGUCACGAGACAUUGGCAAACAGUACGAGACCCAUCCAGGUUGCCAUCAUGACCACACUGUCCCUAUUUGUUGAAAAACUAGUUCUUUUCAAAUUAACGAUUCCAGAGUUAACAGAAAAUGACAACGCAAAAUUGUGCAAAAUUUGUGAGACACUUCAUAAAAUACUGAGAGUAUCCAUAGGGAUAUCAAAGUAUACGAGAAUUCGUAAAGAAGCCCUCAACAUAAUUCUGAUUCUCUCUAAAAAAUUAAUAGAUCAAAGUAACAAUACACAACUGGAACAAUUGAAAACUCUAUUUUGUGAACUAUUACCGGAGCUCUCAAAGGACAAUCAACCGGAGGUACGAACAAGGGUGGCUGAUAUUAAAGCAAUGCUCCAGAUAUGAAAGAAAGACUAAAAAUCUUCAGUCAUAAUAAUUUGAAAAAACUGCUUAUAAAAAUUCAGCAAUAAUUCUCAUGAAUUCUGAGAAGUUCAUGAAAUAAUACAACUUAUUAUUACUACAUAUAUGCUGUUCUGUAUAUAUCAAUAUUCAGUUAAAAAUAUAAUUGAAUUUAUUUUCAACGUCUAAAUCUUGUUUAUUCUCAAUGAAAAUUUCUAAUCGCUUGAACAUCGUGAGUAGAAGAUGAAAUAUUGUAAUAUUUUGUAUGGAAACUGAUUUUUUUGGGCAGAGGAUGUAUAUUUAAACAUUCUUACAAAAGAGACUGUAUUGAAAUAUAACUUAAUUUAACACAG